AUGGCUAUGGGUCCUAUGCACAUGUAUGUCUACUUUGAUGAGACUUGUGCUUUCGUAUUUAAACAAUUUAAGACUGUUGUUGGUGAUUAUGGAUAUUUUGUUUUAGGAUGUUUCUGCUGCUUACUCUACGGUAUUUUCCAUAUGCUAAUUCCAUUCUUGAAGGAUCUCUACUUAAAGAAAAAACUUAAAAACUCAAACCAAAAGUACUCUCGUUGUCCCAUCGAUGUUAAGAUUAUUCUUACUAUUUAUUAUUUUGCAUACACUUUAUCAAAUUUUAUGCUUAUGAUGAUAAUGAUGACUAUGAAUGGAUGGGUUUUAAUAGCUACAGCUUUAGGUUUAACCAUUGGUUAUUUCAUAUUUACUUUUGACAAAACUUUAUAUGAAUUAAAAGGAAAUCACGAACUUUGCCAUUCUUGA